AUGGCGACGUUGAUUACGCCAUGGUUUCACGAGCCGCUUGCCACUCCUGGCUUUGCCGGGGGGUUGGCGCAGCAGUGGUGGUCACCUGCGGCUGCACGGCCACGCAUCCAACUUGGGCCACCCAACGCUGACAUUUACGGUGCAUCCGGGGCAUGCUAUACCCCUCGCCGCUCCUUGCACCCAUCCGGAUUGGGCAUCCUGCCACCACAUGUUGAUGAUGGAGUCAGGAGUGUGUCCGUGCCACCCAUCCCGCGAACGCCGUGGGAUGCGAGGGUUCCCGACAUCACUAGGCGAGCGCCAUGCCAGCUGAGACAGCGGCCGGUUGCUUUGCCCUUGGCCGCUGUCCGGAUUGGGCACCCAGCCACCAACUUGGUAGGUGGCUCGUUUCGUUCUUCACCGGAGGAAUCUGGAUAUGUGCUGCCAGAGGGGCCGGCAAUCAGUCCGCAUGAUGUCUCGCCGUUGGCCCGGAAGGUGUAUCCGACGCAUGCCAGAUUGAAUGCAGCCGCUUUCGCAUGUCCGGUCGAGCAUCCUGGCGCAAGGUCUGGAUCUGUGCCAGCCUCUCGGGGGCACAGCUUAGAGCCAGUUGCAAGAUCGACAGUUGAACUCCAUGAGAAGGACAUCCCUUCGGCCAUCGGCACACCACUUUGGAACACCAAGAUUGAAGCAGUUUCACCAGUGGCGGACCAAUUAACCAACAGAGUUUCGCAUGCAGUGGCAGUGGGCACAGACGCGCCACUGGAGUCGAGUCCUCAAAACAGUGUUUGGAAACGAUACUUCGCAGGUGACGAGAAGCAGUUUAGUCGUCCCUUAUGUAGUAGCCGAGUAUCGCGAUUAUCGCCUGCAGAUUCUUCGGCUGGGGCUGAUGAAUUUGCUGGCUUGGGGAUUCGCAGGGAGGCUGCCGAGAAUGAGACGGAACUGAGGGCCAUGCCGGUGCGCAGGCCUAGCGCGCAUGUUAGAAGAUACCCGGCAGACGUAGAACGCCCUAGCGUGGAUGCAAGUAGCUUGCCCAGGACAGCACCGAACUCAGCCAGAGAUGAUGCUGAAAGAGGGCAGGUCAUACCGCAGCUUAGCACCUCGGUGGGUAGGGCCAUUCAGGAAUUGGGUGCAGAAAGCGUGCAGCACAAGCCCACGGUCUUGCACCAAGUCGUUAGCAAGUUUGGCCCACCACCAGAAGAGGAAGACUUCCUUGCGGCAGCAUCUGCAGAGGCCGAGGAGCCCCGCGCUCCACCAAGUCAACCUCCCAUGGAGGAGAUGUCAAGGACAACCAUCGGCGUGCCACCCGCACAAGGCGAGGUGGUACUGAACUCUGCUCAAGUAGAGGCCAUCGCUCUCGCUGCAGCGGCAGUGGAACAGGCAGCUCGCGCAACUUCCCUGAAACAACUGCAUGAGCUGCGGUCGUUUCGCCAGCCACCGGCCGUCGUGUGCCAGGUUGUGGAUGCAGUUUCCACAUUGCUUGGCUGCUACGAGCCGACAUGGUCCACCGUCAAGCGAAGGUUGGAUUCCGCCCUCCUGUGGCGGCUGACUUCUUUCAGUGCCAUGGAGGCAGCAAGAUGCCCAUCCUCGCGAGUACAAGGAUUUCUUGAACUUUUGGAGGCACCGGCGUUCUGUGAUGGCUCGUUGGCUGACAAAUGUCCUGCUGUUGCUCCUUUGGCCGAAUGGUGCAUGGCCGUCGCGCACCUGAUGCUUCAGCUGCGAGCAACCGAUGCCGAGACGCGUCCUGCGGAAGCUGACAGCAACAGCAACGUCGCUGCAGCCGCCCAGGAGCCUGCGCUGCAGCCAGAAACUGCGCCGCCGGACUUGGGCGGUCUCUACGUCAAUCCUCCUCUGUGGGAGCUGGAGGACAGCGCCCUCUGCUGUGUGGACGACUUGGUCGUAGGACGUGAUGGCGUUGGCCACAUCACCUUUCAUGGUCAGACAGAUUGCCGCAACCUGCUAAACAUCCUGCCGAAGAUCUUGAUGGUGGAGCAGGGUGAGAUCGUGGUGUAUCCUGAUGCCACGUUGAAGCCAGAAGCUUGGGGGUAUUUGGAAUGA